AAGAAUUAAGAUUAUGCAGAGAGAUUAGGCCCACUUGGUUUGAAGAAAUCUCCAAUCUUUCUUCGCCAAGUCUCCACACACUUGUGUUUUUUCAAUCUCUCUGUAUGUCGCAGAAGAGGAGUAGUAGCAGCAGCAACUUUAUUCUCUCAUGGAGUCUCUUACUACAUCAAAUCCUUCCUUCGCUUGUUUCUCUAAAACUGUAUCUCAUUACCCUUCUCGGAUAUCCUUUGUAAAGCUAGCUUCUAUCCAAAAGUUCGAAGCUUCCAACAACAACACCUUAUCCUUAUUUUGCUGUAAAUCUUCUUCCUCUUCGACUCCCAAACCAGAUUGGGGCAAUCGUCAUAUCAAGUUAAACCCUUUUUGUGUGUUGCGCCCAAUCAUUCGAACAAUAAAGGGUUUGGUUUCUUCUCAGUCCAGGCUAUGGAUGUCUCGUUUCCGAGCUUACAGAGACGAUACGGCGGCGUUUUCCGAGGACAUGGCCGGAGAUUUGAAGCACAACGGUGGGUUAGGGAUUGCCCUUUUGAGCGUUACGGCUUCGGCUAAGAUUAAGAUUAGCCCUUUCGUUGCGACGCUCUCGGCGAAUCCAACAUUCGUUUCAGCUGUAUUCGCGUGGUUCUUUGCGCAGUCGAGUAAAAUGGUUAUCAAUUUCUUCAUUGAGAGGAAAUGGGAUUAUCGUCUACUGUAUGCUUCUGGUGGGAUGCCUUCGUCUCACUCGGCUCUUUGUAUGGCUUUGACCACCUCUGUGGCGCUUUGCCAUGGAGUAGCAGAUUCCUUGUUUCCUGUUUGCUUAGGUUUUAGCUUGAUUGUGAUGUAUGAUGCAAUUGGUGUUAGACGACAUGCCGGUAUGCAAGCUGAGGUUCUCAACUUGAUCAUAAGGGACUUGUUCGAAGGACAUCCGAUCAGUCAAAGAAAGCUCAAGGAACUGCUCGGUCACACUCCUUCGCAGGUUCUUGCUGGAGCAAUGGUUGGUAUUGUCAUUGCUUGCCUUUGUUGUCAAAGCUAUCUCGUCUCAGCCUAAGAUCUCUUCUAUUCAAAGUUUUCUGGUUGAUUUGGUUAGCCCAAAAACUCAGUAUCGCUUAGCAUCGAUUUUGGCUAAGAUUCUUGUUGUUGUAGUAUCAUUCGGCAAUAGAGAAAACUCAUUUCUUCUUCCUAAUGGGUGUUUUUUUUUUGAGGUUUUGUAUUCCCUGAAAAUGCAAAGAGAGCUUGUUUUGCAACUUUAAAGUUAAUUUAUAUUUGUAUUUCCGAGGAAGAAGUAGAAAGAGAGAUCUUAGAGUUAUAAACUUUCUGUUGGUUA